AUGUCUGCUUCUGGGUUUCAAGAGAACCAGGAGGAUGCAGCCUUGAAACGGCGAAUUGGCUCCACCGACGCGAUCUUUACAGUUGCGGAGAAAGAGUUGGAGGACGUGUCAAAGUGGGAAAAAGUUCAGACAGAGGAAAGCCCAUUAAAUAAAUUAGAACGCCUGUUGAUGCCAAUUGUGUUUACGGCUCUAGCCUUCUUCACCAGGAUGUACAAGAUUGGCGUGAACAACCAUGUGGUAUGGGACGAGGCACACUUUGGUAAAUUUGGGUCUUAUUACUUGAGGCACGAGUUCUACCAUGACGUGCACCCCCCGCUUGGUAAGAUGUUGGUUGGCCUAUCUGGGUUUUUGGCCAAUUAUAAUGGGUCGUGGGAUUUUCCAUCGGGUGAAGAGUAUCCAGAGUACUUGGAUUAUGUCAAGAUGAGAAUCUUCAAUGCAACUUUCUCCGCCCUGUGUGUUCCAGUUGCUUAUUUUACCGCGAAGGCCAUUGGGUUUUCGCUGCCAACCGUUUGGCUGUUUACUAUUCUGGUGAUAUUUGAAAACUCUUACGCGACUCUUGGUAGAUUUAUUCUGUUAGAUUCCAUGCUGCUCUUUUUCACAGUUGGUUCCAUCUAUUGUUUUGUUAUGUUUCACAACAACAGAAAAGUCCCAUUUUCUAGAAAAUGGUGGAAGUGGUUAUUAUUUACUGGCCUCUCACUCGGAUGUACUAUAUCGGUCAAGAUGGUGGGUUUGCUGGUCAUUACCUUGGUGGGUAUCUACACUGUUAUUGACUUAUGGAAUAUGCUCGGUGACAAACAGCUUUCCAAAGCCAAUUACGUCUACCAUUGGCUCUCCAGAAUUUUGUGCUUAAUUAUCGUUCCAUUCUUAGUGUUUUUGGCUUGCUUCAAAGUUCACUUUGAUCUUUUAUCCCAUAGUGGAACUGGUGAUGCCAAUAUGCCAUCACUAUUUCAGGCGGGUUUGAUUGGAAGUGAUGUCGGCGAAGGACCCCGUGACGUUGCUUUGGGAUCAUCGAUCGUUAGCAUUAAAAACCAGGCCCUGGGAGGUGCAUUGCUGCACUCUCAUGUUCAGGGCUACCCGGAAGGCUCUAAUCAACAGCAAGUUACCUGCUACGGCCAUAAGGACAGCAACAAUCACUGGAUUUUUGACAGAAUUAGACCUUUACCUGCUUGGACUGACGAUGAAAAAGACAUCGAGUUUCUAGAGGCGGGCGCUGCAUACAGAAUUGUUCACCCAAAUACGGGUAAAAACUUGCACACACACCCUAUCCCCGCACCUUUGUCGAAAGCAGCAUGGGAAGUUUCUGGUUAUGGUACAGCAACUAUUGGAGAUCCUAAAGAUCAUUGGAUUUUGGAAGCUGUCGUGCAGCAUGGAUCAGAAAAUGCAUCCCGUAUGCAUCCUUUGACGACCUCUUUCCGUAUCAAGAACGCUGAGCUCGGGUGUUACUUGGCCCAGACAGGUAAUAACUUGCCCGAAUGGGGGUUCAGACAAAGUGAGGUGGCCUGUUUGAAAAAUCCUUUUAAGAGAGACAAAAGAACUUGGUGGAACGUCGAGACACACACCAACGAUAAAUUACCAGAAAGGCCAACUGAUUUUCAAUAUCCAACGUUAGGUUUUAUGAAAAACUUCAUUCAUUUAAAUCUAGCAAUGAUGGCUACGAACAAUGCUCUGAUUCCCGAUCCUGACAAAUUAGACAACUUGGCAUCUUCUGCCUGGCAAUGGCCCACUUUGAAUGUCGGGAUCAGAUUAUGUGGUUGGGGUGAUGAUACUUUUAAGUACUUCUUGAUGGGUUCUCCUGCAUCUACUUGGCUGUCAACCGCAGCUGUUUUGGCAUUCAUGUUGUCAGUGGUAGUGUUGGUUCUCAGGUGGCAAAGACAAUACUCCGAUUUAUCAAGUGCUCAUGACUUCAACCUUUUCAUGAUGGGGGGUUUCUACCCUCUCCUAGGCUGGGGUUUGCACUAUGUGCCUUUUGUCAUAAUGAGCAGAGUGACGUAUGUCCAUCACUAUCUUCCUGCUCUUUACUUCGCAUUGUUGAUCUUAUCCUAUCUCUUCGAAGCUGGUCUACAGGGUCUGAGCAAAACAAAGACAGGAAGGAUUACUAGGGCAACAAUUUACGUUGUCUACUCCUCGGUAGUCAUUUAUGGGUUUUACUAUUUUGCUCCCAUCUCCUUUGGUAUGGAAGGCCCUUCCAGUAACUACGCUUACUUGAAUUGGUUAAAGACGUGGACAAUUGCCUAA